UCUUGGAAAGAGAUUCUUGGAUCCUCUGUCCGUUCAGACUGAGCCGAGCUGUUUUCUGCCCUGAAUAAAAAAGCACACACACUCUCCACACUCUCCAUUCCCACUCUGCUUGUCAGCAGACACACACACACUCACACACACACACACACACACUGAGGUUUUUUGCUCUCAUUUCUUUGUUCAGCUUUGCGCCCACAACAAGACACAAAUCAAUUUUUCUUAUUUACAUUUUUGAUGGAUCAUGUCCUGGACUGUUUUUAAACCGGUCAACAAUCCCCAUGAUUGUGUUUGAUUUAAGAAAUGGUCGCACGAGCAGAGGCUGUUUCACAUCAUGAGGAGCGUGAAGGUUCCUGCUGUCCGUAUCCUUCUCCUUCAUGCUGGAACCCAGCAGAGGACCUCCGCUGUGUCACCACCACCCUGCACCAUCUACAGACCUCAGGCUGGUACUGGGGUUCCAUCUCAGCGAGCGAGGCGCGGGAAGCUCUCCUGGCCAAGUCUGAGGGAACAUUCCUGGUGCGGGACAGCAGUCACCCUCGCUAUAUCCUGGCGCUGUCGGUGAAAACACGCAGUGGACCUACAAGUGUGAGGAUAGAGUACAGACGGGGCCGUUUCUGGCUGGACUCUGUCUCUCCUGGUUUGCCCCACCUGCAGUCCUUCCCGAAUGUCCUCAGCCUCAUACAGCACUACAAGAGCUCACAGGAGCAGGCAGCUAACGACAUUCGCUCCGAACUAAAACCGGACCCUGUUGGUGGAGUCCCUUUGCAGCUGACGCAACCUUUACACAAACCUGAGGCCUUUCCUUCGCUGCAGCACCUGGUACGCCUCACCAUCAACAGCCACACAAACUGCCCAAAGCAUCUGCCACUUCCAAAGCCUCUGCUGCACUACCUGCAGGACUAUCCCUUCCACAUAUGAGGGACCCCCUCAUAGAGACCCUCAGAUCCAGGGUCACACUCCAUGACUUGUGGGGGAGCAAACAUGACACCCCAGACUGGCUCAGCAGGAGAACGCUGCGAUGGUUUGGGUGUGAUUAACCUCUGCGUGGCCUGCUAUUAACAUUAAAGGGAUUGUUUAUUUGCUUGUGUGAGGCAUUGACACAGACUUCUGAGCACCGACUGUGUGUGGCGCUGGCAUGCUGCCUUCACUGAGAAACCAGAUUUUAACCACUUAACACAAGGGCACAGUGACCUAAUAAAUCUACAACCGCUUAAGGGCCCGUCCACACGGAGACGGCGUUUUAGGGGACCUGAAGCGGUAUCUCAAGAUGCCAACCCCGUGUUUCCGUGUAGACAGCGAAUACAAUACGAUACGAUAUGUUGUGUUUGGAGAUUGUUUGACAGUUUUUACCAACUACUGUCAAUGAAAAGUAUCUAAAGUCCGCCUGAAAAGACAUGAGAUAUCACUAGAACACGUCCCGUCGUCUUUAGAGAUUCAAAUUCAAAUUCAAAUUUCAAGAAAUGAGUGUGUUAGGGCCAAAUUGAAGAAUUUCUAAUUAUUAUUCAAGCAAAAUCUCAUAUAUUUUGGUUUACCUUUAUCUUUUAUUGUACAAGAAAUGGAGUUUGUUUGGAAGAAAGAAUCACACAGACUUUGAGGAAAUCAUCUCUUUUGUGGAGGAGGAGGAAAUGGCUGCUCGUGGUUACAACUGUGUGCUGUUCAAAGAGGAUUUUUCUAAGAAACAAUUAGAUUCAUAAUUACAUUUUUGGAUCCGGAAGGAGUGGAACUGCAGCUGCCGUCCAGUCCGUGCUGUUACUAUUUAUUAUUUGUAAUGAUAAUAAUACUACAUUUAAUUAAAUAAUGUAUGAAAAAAUCUCUUUCUCUCUUCAGUUUGGCCCUAAUCCUCUGUCACAGUCACGCUGUUGACAAGUUAAAGCUAUAAACAUGUUUCUUUCUGGACUUGAGAAAGUAGAGAUUUUAUGAGGUUAACAUUUUGAUAAGAGGCUACAAUCAGUUUUUCCUCAUCUCCUUUGGCAGCCAGGUUUUCAGAGAGAGUGAGAGUCUGUGUCUGA